UACCUGUUUUACGUUGCACGCUCGUUCCAAUGAAACAAACAAUGAUGCAUGUUUGCCCUGCAUCCACACAUGCUCAUGUCUCAGGUAUUGUCUCACCCUCAAGGUGAGCACGUUUGAAAUGUUCCUUCCGAGGAUGAAUCACCAUCGACCAGCAGCCGGCGACACGUGUCCCGAAGCAAACCGGCCUUGGCAAGACAAAACAUCACAACUUCCAUCCCCUAAAUUUUAUUCGCUCCUCAUACUACGCACGCACCACCCUACGAGCAGACACACAACAUAUAACACACACGGCACGCAAACCACGCAACAAACCUUCCAACCCCCCUCCACUUUCAAACCUUUUCCCUGAAUGAGCUUGCAGCUCUGGGGUUGUGUUAAGCGUCUCUCUUUCUCUCUCUCUUUUUUCUUCAUUGUCACUACCCAUUGACAUUUGUUCCCGUUUUUUCCCUUUUUUUCAAAACUCUAAUAAUUUCUUUGUUCUCUCCAUGCGCAUUGCUAUAAUUACCGAGAACUUUUUACCCAAGGUGGAUGGUGUGACGCGUACGCUUGCACGCCUGCUUGAACACCUCCAAGACACGGGCCACCAAGUCCUGCUGCUAGGACCCGAGAGUGGACGAACCGAAUACGCAGGCGCGACAUUGCUGGGCACAGCUGGCAUUCCGUUUCUGCCGUAUCCCGAACUCAAGCUCAACCUGUGGCGACCGGCAUUUACGCAAAAGCUGAUCGAUUUCGAACCAGACGUGAUUCAUUUGGUCGAUCCCGUGUGGUUAGGUGCAGCGGGCCUUGCAGUGUGCCGCUACUAUCUCCCCAACACCCCAUUGGUUUCGUCGUACCACACCAACCUUGCAACUUACUGUGGCCACUUUGGAUGGGGCUUCUUUACACCGCUCAUGUGGCGUUGGAACAAGUUUUGCCACUCGUACUGUCACUAUGUCGUGUGUCCGAGUAAAUCGACGUCGCGGAUGCUCGCGAAUCAAGGAUUCGAUGACAAUCUGAGGAUAUGGCCACGUGGCGUCGACAUGGGCAUGUUUUCACCUAGCAGACGGUCCAAGGCAUUGCGUGCGCAGUGGAUGGGGGUGGAUGAGGCAGAGGCACACAGCAAAGCAGUGAUCCUGUAUGUAGGCCGUGUGUCGUUUGAAAAGAACUUGGAUUUGGUGAUUGAGGCGUACAAGGGAAUGAAUCAUCAGCGUUGUCAUUUGGUGAUUGUCGGUCAUGGGCCUGCCUUUGACGCUAUCCAGUCAGAAUGCGCACAGACGAACACGCCUGUCACGUUCACUGGCUACUUGCAGGGCAUCCAGCUGGCGGCUGCCUAUGCCUCGGCUGAUAUCUUUGCGUUCCCUUCAGUGACCGAGACGUUUGGUCAAGUGGUUUUGGAAGCAAUGGCGUCAGGAUUGCCAGUCGCCGGCUUGCGCGCAGAGGGCGUGCGCGAUCUAGUGGAUCAUGGCCGCACAGGAACGCUGUUGGAUAUCCGGCGAAAUAUGCCACGUGAUCAGCAAAUCAGCAAAUACCAGCAGCAUUUGCUAACGCUCGUUGAAAACCCGGAGAUGCGGCUUCGUAUGAGUCGUGCUGCACUCGAUAAAGCGAAAAGAUAUACCUGGUGGGAGGCUAUGGAGGCCAUGGUACGCGUAUACCGUGACGCAGUCAUUGCCAACAAUCCAUAUUUCGCAAAGGAGGAGUCGUUGGCAGCAGAUCAUACAAGUAGUGGAGAUAGCGGUGUUGAAGAAGAUUUCCCGGCAGACUCCAAUUGUGGCGCUCACUCAAGUAUUCUCAUAGCAUCGUCCUGAUCAUCGAUCAUCGUCAUUACAAGUACAAAACAUAACCCGUUCUUUCGCUUAUAGUUCUAUUAUUUUACCUAUUUACGCCUACAUUUUCAUUGUCUAUACAAACGCUCUCUUCUUUAACAAUAGCUUUUCAUACCAAUAACCCAAUCGACCACCCCCG